GCAGCUGCUCCCCCGCUGUAUUGUCCGCUGCCUCCGUCGCCACUGUCCAGCAGAGGAAGCUGCACCAUGCUGUCAUCCCCAAAGGGAAAGGAGGGCGCUCCUCCUCCAGUGGAAUAGCGGCAACAGUGUUUGGUGCCACCGGCUUUCUGGGUCGAUAUGUGGUCAAUAGGCUGGGUCGGAUUGGCUCUCAGAUUGUAAUCCCUCACCGCUGUGAUCAGUAUGACCUCAUGUACAUGAGGCCCAUGGGUGAUCUUGGACAAAUCCUGUUCAUGGAGUGGGACGCCAGGAACAAAGACUCCAUCAAACGGGCUCUGGAGCACUCCAACGUUGUCAUCAACCUGGUGGGCAGAGAGUGGGAGACAAGGAACUAUCGCUUUGAGGACGUCUUCGUGUCCAUCCCUCAGCAGAUUGCCAAGGCAGCCAGAGAGGCCGGCAUCACAAAGUUCGUCCACAUGUCUCACCUCAACGCUGACAUACGCAGCCCGUCCAAAUACCUGAGGAACAAGGCUGUAGGAGAGGCAGCAGUGAGGGAUGAGUUUCCUGACGCCAUCAUCAUGAAGCCCUCUGAGAUGUUCGGGAGGGAGGACAGAUUCUUCAACCAUUACGCGAACAUGCGCUGGUUUGGCAGGGUUGUCCCACUCAUGUCUAUGGGGAAGAAGACUGUGAAGCAGCCUGUUUGUGUGGUGGACGUAGCCAAGGCCAUUAUCAAUGCUGUCAGAGACCCUGAUGCUAAUGGAAAGACGUAUGCAUUAGUUGGUCCCAACCGUUACCUCCUUUAUGACCUGGUGGAGUACAUCUACGCAAUUGCACACAGACCAUUUGUGCCCUACCCUCUUCCCCGCCCACUCUAUCACCUUGUCGCUUCGUUUUUCGCAAUGAGUCCAUUUGAGCCCUGGACAACCCCAGACAAAGUCGAAAGGCUUCACCUGACAGACAUGAAGUACCCGGGGCUUCCUGGUCUGGAGGAUCUUGGUAUCACUCCUUCCACUGUAGAACAAAAGGCUAUUGAGAUUCUGCGUCGCCACCGCAAAUUCCGUUACCUGGACGCUGACCUAGAUGACACGAAGCCAGCCAAGACUGUCAACUAUUAA